UAGCAGAUGAAUCGUGAGAAGCUUAUCAAGAUGGCUGGUGUUGUCCGCACCGGUGGGAAAGGCAGUAUGCGCAGGAAGAAGAAGGCAGUUCAUAAGAGCCCUACUACACAUGACAAAAAACUUCAGAGCUCACUGAGAAGAAUUGGGGUAAAUACUAUACCUGCCAUAGAAGAAGUCAACAUCUUUAAAGAUGAUGUUGUCAUCCAGUUUCUGAAUCCCAAAGUGCAAGCUUCUAUUCCAGCCAAUACAUGGGUGGUUAGCGGUUCUCCUCAGACUAAAAAACUUGAGUACUUGCUUCCUACAGUCAUCAACCAGUUAGGCCCUGAUAAUUUAGAGAACUUGGGGAGGCUUGCAGAGCACUUCCAGAAGCAAGCACCUGAUGCUGCUGGUGCUGCUGCUAAAGGUGAAGAUGAUGAUGAUGUCCCAGAACUUGUGCAUGGAGAGACUUUUGAACGGGCUGCAGAGGAGAAACAAGAUUCAUAG